AUGGUACAAUCCUGCUGGGUGCGUUGCAGAGCUCCCAGCUGCAGCCUGACCACCCGCACAGCCAUGGACCAGGACAAGCCCAGUCCCUCUGCCAAGAAGCACGUGCGCCUGCAGGAGAGGAGGGGCUCCAACAUGUCUCUGAUGCUGGACAUGAGCCUGCUGGGGAGCGUGGAGCCCAUGCAGCCGGUCUGCACGCCGCGGGACAUCACCCUGCACUUCCUGAGGACAUCCAGCCAUGUACUGCAGAUGGAGGAGCUCCAGCAGCGCACCCAGAGCCUGACCCAGCUCCAGGAGGAGUUUGCGAAAAUCCCACCCAACUUUGUGAGUCCGGAGGAGCUGGAGAUCCCAGGCCGAGCCUCCAAGGACAGAUACAAAACCAUCCUCCCCAAUCCUGAGAGCCGGGUCUGCCUCCGGAGGGCAGGGAAGCAGGAGGAAAGCAGCUACAUAAAUGCCAACUACAUCACGGGCUAUGCAGGGCAGCCCCGGGAGUACAUUGCCACGCAGGGACCCAUGCUGAACACCGUGAGCGACUUCUGGGAGAUGGUGUGGCAGGAGGAGGUGCCCCUCAUCAUCAUGAUAACGGAGCUCCAGGAGCACAAGGAGAAGUGUGUCCACUACUGGCCCCAGAAGGAGGGUACCUACGGCCCCUUCACCAUCCGUGUGCAAGGGCUGAGCGAUGGCACGGAGUACGUGGUCCGGGAUCUCUCCAUCCAGCUCCAAGGUGAAUGCCGCCAGGUCAAGCACAUCCUCUUCCCUUCCUGGCCGGACCAGCAGACGCCUGGGUCAGCCAAGCCCUUGCUGCACUUGGUGUCCAAGGUGGAGGAGAUUCUGCAGGCUGCAGCCAGCCCAGGACCCAUCGUUGUGCACUGCAGUGCAGGCAUCGGGCGCACGGGCUGCUUCAUCGCAACCAGGAUCGGGUGCCAGCAGCUGAAGGACAAGGGGGAGGUGGAUAUCCUGGGAAUCGUGUGCCGUCUCCGCUUAGACAGAGGUGGGAUGAUCCAGACGAGCGAGCAGUACCAGUUCCUCCAUCACACACUGGCUCUCUACGCUUCCCAGCUGCUGGAGGUGGGACGCUGCUGA